CUAAUUUGGUCAGCACGUGAGAGGACGCUUUUGUUUCCCUACUAUCCAUCAAUUGUUCAACUUCCUCUUUUUGGACACCGUUCGCUCGUGCCCUGCUGAUACCAUCACUCGCUCCCAAAUCACCCUUGUCAAGUUUCGAUCUUUACUGCGUAUUUCGGCUAAAAAUCGUGUUUUUAGGGGUUUUCGAUCGGUUUCCCUUUGUUUAGCGUUUUUGGUUGCUCGUAAGCUGUCAGAGUUAGAGAGCGAAAGUGAGAUUCUUCUGAUACUUUUGGUUUAUUUUAUUGGGCCUUGUUCUUCUCAUCAAUCAUCGGUACUGUUGUUGUCAUUUUGGGAGCUUCGAUUGUAUUAAUAAUAGUAGUAGUCGUAGUUGAUAUUAAUAUUAAUUAGAGGGAGAGGGAAUGAUGGAGUGGAGGGGGAGGCGGCGACAGCAGCAGGAGGAGGAAGGGGGAUGGUGGGGGCCCACCAACCGGCAUUCGGGCAAGAAGUACGGCCGGCAGCCGCCUUCGCCCGCUGUACAUGUAGGUUUGGUCAUUUGUGUGCAGCCAAUCUAUUACAUUUCGUGGCCGAAAGCACAAGACUCUUGGCAAUGCGGGAUUCCCUUGCAAGCAGGAAGGCUUUUUUUCUUGACUCAAAUCUUGGUCACAGAUUGCGAAGAAGCAAUGCACCAAGGCUUGUGGUGCCAGACAGUUCCUCAGUGGGAGAAGAAGUUCUGUACUGACGUGUGCUUGAUACCAUGGAGGAAGCUAUGUGAAACCAAGAGAGUGAUGUCUAUGUAUGAGAAUGUGGUUCAAUGGAAUGACUCAGCAGGGGAAGAGGCUUUUAAAGAUGCCAAGGCCCGCUUCUGGGCAGAGAUCAAUGGUCUCCCAUGUGACAUCCCUUUGCCGGAUCCUGAUAUGUACAUUGAUGUGGUCAACCAGGAAGCCUUUGUCAAUCCUCAGCUGGUGGAAGAUUUGUAUAAGCAGCCGCAGACACUAGAUGAUGGUGAAAGAGAUGCUAGUUGUGGCUGGGAUUCCUUUAUUUUUGCAUAUAGACCAGUUCCAGCCUCCGGAUGGGGUGACGAGGAUCCUGUUCCAACCGGCUGGUUGGGUGCAUCGUGUCCAGCUCCCACUCGAUGCGGACAUUCAGAGGAUCCUGUACUGACAAACAACAUCACCACCGAGCCUCAUUCUGCAAUGUCCUAUAAUAAUGCUUUAGUUGGCAAUCUGUCGUAUUUAGCUACCAAGGAUACAGGUGUUUACAAGAAUUUUGAUUCCCGAAAUGUUCAUGAAAACCCUUUAAAUAAGGACAUCAGCGAGAAUGCAUGGAAUCCCUACGAGCUGGAAAAACAAUUUGUACAUGAUAAAUCAUGGGAAGAUGUUAGGGAUACUUCAAGAGGUAAUGGAAGGGACACAUCAUGGGAUCGUAGGGAGCACAGGAAUACUGAAUCAGUUGGAAGGUUUAGCAGGAAGAGGAAUGUUGGUCGUUUUAGCCUGAGACAUGCUUGUCCGAAGGACCAGGUGGAAGAUCAUCAAACAAAUAGCUGGAGAAAUUGCAGAGGAAGGAAGAGGAACGAGUAUCGACAUCACUGACUCGAGCACUACAAACAUCCUUGCGUCUUGAGCCACAACGAUGUAGUCCAGUGAGAUGUUCGGAUCAGGUGAAUCAGAUAAACCUGUGUCCUGAUAUGCUGGUUGUGCUUCAAAUUUUGGUUAUUUUGUAUAAAGGACAUUUUAGCAGGUAAUGACUAGAGAAAUAUGGUCUGCA